AACACAACGUUAAGGCAAUACUGGAGACCAUUAUCUCUGUAUCACUGGAUCCGUUCACUUACCUCUUGAGACAGGAGUGAAGACAUAGCACUUCCCACACACUCAUCACUACUGAAGACACAUUUGGAGGAAUUUGUGUCCAAUUGAUGGCAACAAUAGAUUUGGUUAAACAAGCGCUCAAAUCGACGACAAAGAUGUCACUGAAUGAUAGGUUCCAACUCUUGAGACAACAGAAUGUGUCCAACAAACCGAUGGCAAACACUAACACUAAUAGACAGGCAUUAAGACAGGGCUCGCAGCGGAACCGCAGACUCGCUCUUCAGAUGGCGAGCAGACCAUCGGUUUUGGCGGCCCUUCGGCUCAAUAACAACCAGAGGACACAAAACAGACAAAACAUUCAAAACAAUCGGCAAAACAUUAAACAAAGACUUGGAGUCAAACGUUUCAACAAUCAGUCGAUUAAUAAUCAAUUGAAUCGAAAUCAGUUCCCAAACAAU